ACUGCGAGAGCAGCCGCACGCUGAUAAACACGCGCGAAUUUAAAGCUCUGCGACAUAAACUCGCCACAUGCUGCAACAAAUCUGACAUACCUUUGAAAUUAAGCAACAGCUUCUGGAUUAUCGGAGUUGUCGGAGAAGUUAUGCUAUUUUCCCAGACCGUCGCAACGGCUUCAAAAUGAACCCUCAUUGCGCGCGCUGUGGAAAAAUCGUCUACGCAACAGAGAAAGUGAACUGCCUGGAUAAGUAUUGGCACAAAGGAUGCUUCCAUUGUGAGGUGUGUAAAAUGACUCUCAACAUGAACAACUACAAGGGAUAUGAGAAGAAGCCCUACUGCAACGCGCACUACCCAAAACAGACCUUUACUAUAGUGGCAGACACUCCUGAAAACCUUCGACUGAGACAGCAAAGUGAGCUCCAAAGUCAGGUGAAAUACAGGAAGGAUUUUGAACAGAGCAAGGGACGGGGCCUCAAAUUUGUCCUGGAUACUCCUGAGCUACAGAGACUGAGGAAGGCCCAGGAUCAGAUCAGUAAUGCGAAAUAUCAUAAGGACUUUGAGGUGUCAGGUCUGCAAGGGGUCACUCAGGGAAUGCGUGGGACGUACGCGGUGCGAUCUCAGAUGACGCCGAACAAUGAAACUGUGGCUAACAGCACACACAAGGCUGUACAUCAGUACAUUAUGGAGAUGGACCGAAGACCUGGUGUUAUCGUGGCACCUGUUCUUCCUGGUGCAUACUAUCCCAACAGUCACAGCCAUGGCCACAGCUAUAUGCAUCAGACCAGUAUGCAUUCACUGAGGUCAAUGCAGCUGAGGUCCCAGCAGAUGAGCAUGACUGUGUACAGGGCUCUGUAUGACUACAUGGCGCAGGACUAUGAUGAGGUGUCAUUUCGGGACGGGGACAUCAUUCAGAACGUGCAGCCGAUCGAUGAAGGUUGGAUGUAUGGUACAGUACAGCGGACGGGCAGAUCAGGAAUGCUGCCUGCCAACUAUGUUGAGGGCAUUCGCUAGAGUUCCUACAGCACAUCUGAAUCAGAAUUGUUCAUAGGCAUCAAAUGGUCACAGGUACAACUCUAUUUUAAUAGUGCUAAUUGUGUUUAUAAUGUUAUAUUUUUUUCAUUUUGUUACUCUGCAUUUGAAGUGAAUUUACAUUACCUUUUGAAAGUCUGGGGUCUGAAAGAUUUGUUUUUUUAAACAAUUAAAUAUCUUUAUUAGAUAAAAACUGCUUUGUUAAAUAAGAUGUUUUUGAAUACAUGUGGUUCUUUUAAACUUAAGUCAUCGAGUAAUCCUGAAAGUACAAUAAAAACAAAAAGAAAAAUCACUGUUUCAACAACAACAACAAAAAAAGUUUAUAAUGGAUCAGAAAUCAACCUCUUCCAUUAAAGGUGAUUUUAGGGGCAUUUUUAAAACCAUAAACCCAUUUUUAUUUUAAUGUAUAAUUAUAUUUUACUUAAUGUUCUUAAUGCAACAAAUCGCAAGAAAUCUUGUUCAACAUCU